UAAAUGUAAUUUAUGUAAUUUAUCCUACAAAUAUUCCAUGUCAACGAAUCUGCCGUCAUAUAACUAAGUGUUAUUGUAUUAUCAGUGUUGAGCACGGUUAACGGUCACCAGUUUAUUAUUGGGUAAAUCUCUCUGUUGAUCUGUGUAGGCUUUAGCAGAAUCCAUGCAGAAUGGGGUUUGGCACCAGCAAUGAGGUGAUUGACAGCAGGUCAAAUGUCUGUUUGUGCUCCGGUUCCACUCACGCCGAGCAAAUCCUGCAGAUGCUGAACAAGUACAGACGGAGCGGCACGUUCACGGACGUCGUGCUGCAGGUGGACGGUUGCGAGUUUCCCUGCCACCGCGCCACCCUGUGCGCCAGCAGCUGUUACUUCCGUGCCAUGUUCAGCGGUCACUUUCGGGAAAGCGUACAGGCUAAGGUGAAACUUCAGGGAAUCUCAAGGAGAACCAUGGAGCAUUUGCUCAACUUCAUGUAUGAGGGCAAACUGAGUCUAGACGAGGAGAACGUGCAGAGCGUCUACCAGGCGGCAGAUUGGCUGGAUGUGCCGGCACUGUCCGUGGCCUGCGUGCAGUUCCUGGAGAAAUCCGUCAAUCCGGCCAACUGCCUCAGCCUCAUGGACUUGGCCGACUCAUACUCGCUCUGGCCUCUGCAGGAGCGCUGUCUGAACCUGCUAUACAACAACGCAGAGCAGGUUUUCAAGCACGAGGAGUUCCUCAGCUCGUGUAAAGCCAGAGUCCUGGAGCUGCUGACCUGUGAGGAGCUGCAGGUGACAGAGGAGGUUCGGGUGGAGACUGCGCUCAGGUGGGUCCAUCACCGGCCGGCGGAAAGAAAGCAAGAUCUCAAAGAGCUGCUGGAGCAGAUGCGUCUUCCCCUGCUGGACCCGGCGUUCUUCACCGGCACGCUAGAAACGGACGAGCUGGUUCUGGACUGUCGCGACUGCAGGCCGCUGCUGCUCGAGGCCAAGAAGUACCACGUUUACGGGCGCGAAGUGAGCACGCCACGCACCAAACCCAGAAGGAGCUCUGGUUGGGCAGAGAUGAUCGUGGUCAUUGGUGGUUGUAAUAAGAGCGGUUUUUCCAGACUUUCUUUAAUGGAAAAGUUAAAUCCGCUCACAGGACAGUGGAUCUCCUCUGCUGCUGUUCCUGGAUAUCCAAAAUCUGAGUUUUCAGCGUGUGAACUACAGAAUGACAUUUACCUCUCAGGCGGGCAGCUGAACAGCUCAGAUGUUUGGAGGUUUAUGUCUGGCAUCAAUCAGUGGGUUCGUGUCCGGGCUUUGUCCAAGGGCAGAUGGAAACAUGAGAUGGUUUCUCUUUGUGGAAAGUUGUAUGUUGUUGGAGGUUAUAACGGUCGUGAGCGUUUGUCUAGUGUGGAGUGUUAUAAUCCUCACGAUAACACGUGGAGGACAGUCUGUGAUCUGCUGCUACCCGUGAGCUCGGCUGCUGCGGUCGGCUGCGCUGGAAAACUUUACAGCAUCGGAGGAGCAAUCGGUGACAAAACAAACACUGACAAGGUGCAGUGUUAUGAUCCUGUGACUGACAGGUGGGUGUACGUCACGUCCUGUCCGUUCUCUCAUCGCUCGCUCAGUGCCGUCUCGCUCAACGGCUGCAUUUAUGUGACGGGAGGUUUGCUGAAAGAAAUCUUCUGUUACGCUCCGAGCACAGACGUCUGGAGUUCAGUCGCAGAGCUGCCCAUUAAACUGGAGGGUUGCAGGCUCACCGUGUUGGAUGGCAAGGUUUAUAUUGUGGGAGGUCGGGAUGAGUUCUCAACUGGUGUUAAUCACAUUUGGUCGUUUGACCCGACGACUGGCAAACUAACAGAAGAGAAUCCACUUCCACGAUGUCUCAGUUACCACGGCUGUGUGACCAUAACGCAGCAUCUCUAG